UGUAUUAGAUGUGUGAUAAAAAAAAUACUGUGAUCUACUUACUCUAUCAAUUUCAAUUUAACUUCGCAGUAAAUAGUUAUUUAUAUAAUAACUUCCAAAGUAUGACAAGAUGACAAGUGAUGAUGCAAUUGAAAAUGUUAUUGGCCGUUUUGGGAAAUACCAAACAUGGAUUUUAGUAUUAAUUUCGAUCGGUCGCUUACCUACAGAAUUUCAGCUAACAAACGUAGUUUUUCUACUCCCGAACACUGAUUUCAUUUGUCUCGAUGAAGGAAUUCAGAAUGCCACUAAUCAUUGUCCAUGUACCCAACCUGAAUACGACCGAUCCACAAUCGUAGAGUCUUUAAUAAGUGAGUGGGAUCUGAUAUGUGACAAGAAAUAUUUGGCGAGCCUGACACAAUCGAUGCUGCAAGUUGGUAUAUUAACUGGAAGCCUAUUUUAUGGUUUCAUUUCUGACAGAUAUGGAAGAAGAAUCGCAAUUGUUCUCGCACUAUUCUGUGAGGCAUUAUUUACGAUGAUCUCCGCUUUUGCUACUGGAUAUUGGAUGUUCCUUAUUUUCCGGAUCUUGAUAGGUACAGCCCUUGGAGGAACAAUGCUCUGUUGUUACGUCUUUCUCAUCGAAUUAAGCGGGAAAUCAUUUAGACCAUACCUAAUUGGAUUACAUGAAUUAUCCUACGUUACUGGUUAUUUCAUACUACCCAUCAUAGCUUAUUUCCUUAGAGAAUGGCGUGAUCUUCAAUUGGCACUAUCAGUCCCGUGGCUUCUUGUAAUAGUUAUUUAUUGGUUAAUACCAGAAUCUCCGAGAUGGUUGAUAACAGUAGGCAAAACUAAGGAAGCAGUAUAUGUACUCACUCACAUAGCAAAAAAAAACAACAGACCUAUACAAGAUAUUGAAGCGAUUGUUGAUCAAGUACGAUGUGAUACAAUUAAGGAUCACCAAAAACAGACCGGCUCAUAUCAAGAUUUGUUUAAAACACCAAAAGUCAGAUUCUAUACGUUUAUUACUUCUCUCAUAUGGAUGUUUUGCUCUCUCAUAUUUUUUGGGGUGAAUCAAUAUAUUGGUCAGUUGCAAGGUAACGUGUAUCUUAACGUAAUGAUAUCUGCUGCAAGUUUAUUACCAGCUUUAGUAUUAAUUGUGACGGGAACUUUGUACCUCAAAAGAAGAACCACAAUUUUUGCAACUUUUUCCAUUGCAGGCGCAUCACUUCUUAUAUUUAUUUUUGUAUAUGAACAAUCGCUUAUCUUAGCAUUUGCGAUUAUAGGACAAAUAGGAGCUUACUCUUCUUUCAUUUUAGUUUAUUUAUUCACCUCAGAAGUAUUUCCUACAAUUGUUCGAAAUUCUGCGAUGGGAUUCGCUUCCACGUUUGGUCGCGUUGGUGGGUUUGUGGCACCUUUUAUCGUUAAUAUUGGUAUAGAAUGGGUUUCAAUAUUAAUAUUCAGUUCAUUAGCUUUCGUUUCUGCUUCCUUGUGCUACUUAUUGCCAGAAACAAAAAAUAUAACUCUUCUGAAUACAAUUGAACAGACAGAAAAGCCAAACGACCAAAUUGAGCAAAGAUAAUAGGUAUUUUAAAACAAAUCACAUUCUGAACAAUAACCAUGCUCUUACGUCUUAUUGUUAUUUAUAAUAAUGACUUAGUAACAUUAUUAUUCGCUUAUAAACGUAUUUAUUUUAAUAUUGUAAUGAUUUGUCUCAUUUCGAAAACAGCAUUGAAUCUAUAUUAGACACUUAAAAUUUGACUACUCGUAUCUACGCCAAAAGAAAUUAAAAACUAUUCCAUUGUACAUUAAUUUUGUUACAUAUAAAAUAGGUACCAUAUUUUUCAUUUUAGUUAGUGGACAACUCCAUGAAUUUUAAAUUGUAGAAUGGAUAUUGAAAAAACAAAUUAAAAAAUUGUUACUUGCAAUUAAAAGUUGAUUUAUUUUAUUGUCAUUAAACAGUAUUUAUUUUAUUUUACUUAACAAAGUAAAAUCAAAUCAAAGCUACCUAAUAUUAUACCUUUUUUUUUUUUUUUUUUUUUUAACGCUGAGAAAUGCAUUCCGCAUAUCCGCUUCACCCAGCGCGAGCUCCACGGGUUAUGUGGGACUCUCCCCUGCGGACCAACCCCAGAAUGGGGCUGGUCAAAGAGCAGGGGCCUACCCACUAAAACUCAGCGAUGUCCC